GGAUAACAUUCCACCCGCUCACUUUUCCGUGCCUUGCUGGAUGAGGGAGGAAGUCUCUGGGCUCGAGCUGGACGUUUUGUGGAAUUUGGGGGCAUCUAGUUAGCUAAAGACCCACCUCUCUUGACUGACCACCUUCAGUCAUUUCCAUCAACAUGGCAGGAAAGAUCUCCAAAGACGAGCUGGAGGAGCUGCGAGAGGCGUUUGGCAAAAUUGACCUCGAUGGCAAUGGAUCCAUCUGUGACUAUGAGCUCCAUGAACUGUUCAAGGAGGCCAACCUUCCCCUGCCUGGCUACAAAGUCAGGGAGAUCAUUCAGAAGCUGGAUCGCAACAAGGACAACAAGAUCAGCUUUGAUGAGUUUCUGUCGAUAUUCCAGGAGUUGAAGAGCAGUGACAUUGCCAAAAGCUUCCGCAAGGCCAUUAACAGGAAGGAGGGGAUCCUGGCCAUUGGGGGUACAUCUACGCAGUCCAGUGAGGGCACGCAACACUCCUUCUCUGAGGAGGAGCGGUACGCGUUUGUUAACUGGCUCAACACAGCGCUGGAGAAUGACCCUGACUGCAAGCACGCCCUGCCCAUGGACCCCAACUCAGAUUCCCUCUUCAAGGCCAUGGGCGACGGCAUCGUUCUCUGUAAAAUGAUCAACCUGUCGGUGCCAGACACGAUUGACGAGAGGACCAUAAACAAGAAGAAGUUGACACCGUUCACAAUACAGGAGAAUCUGAACCUGGCUCUGAACUCGGCCUCUGCUAUUGGCUGCCACGUGGUGAACAUCGGGGCUCUGGACCUAAGGGAGGGGAAGCCCCAUUUGGUACUGGGCCUGCUGUGGCAGAUCAUCAAGAUCGGCCUUUUUGCUGACAUUGAGCUCAGCAGAAAUGAAGCCUUGGCUGCUCUGCUGAGAGAUGGAGAGACCCUGGAGGACCUGAUGAAGCUGUCUCCAGAGGAGCUGCUGUUGCGCUGGGCUAACUUUCACCUGGAGAACGCUGGUUGGCAGAAGAUCAAUAACUUCAGCUCCGACAUUAAGGACUCCAGAGCCUAUUUCCACCUUCUCAACCAAAUCUCCCCCAAAGGCACAGAGGAAGAUCAACCACGCAUAGACAUCAGCAUGGCAGGCUUCAGUGAGAAGGAUGACCUGAAAAGGGCAGAGAACAUGCUUCAGCAGGCUGACAGGCUGGGCUGUCGACAGUUUGUCACCCCAGCUGAUGUCGUCGCCGGCAACCCCAAACUCAACCUGGCCUUUGUGGCCAAUCUCUUCAACAAGUACCCAUCUCUCACCAAGCCUGAGGGAGAGGACAUCGACUGGGGGCUGCUGGAAGGUGAGACACGAGAAGAACGAACAUUCCGGAACUGGAUGAAUUCCCUGGGUGUAAACCCACAUGUCAAUCAUCUGUAUGGAGACCUAGCGGACGCCUUGGUCAUCCUCCAACUUUAUGAAAAGAUCAAAGUGCCCGUCGACUGGACCAACAAAGUCAACAAACCACCAUAUCCCAAGAUUGGUACCAACAUGAAAAAGUUGGAGAACUGCAACUAUGCGGUGGAGCUGGGGAAGACGACGGCGAAGUUCUCUCUCGUUGGCAUCGGUGGGCAGGACCUGAACGAUGGCAAUGCCACCCUGACGCUAGCCCUGGUGUGGCAGCUGAUGAGGAGAUAUACGCUGAAUGUACUGGAGGAUUUAGGAGAUGGACAAAAAGCUAAUGAUGACAUCAUUGUUAAAUGGGUCAAUACAACCUUGUCAGAGGCAGGGAAAACAACCAAGAUCUCAAGCUUCAAGGACAAGGAGAUCAGCACCAGUUUACCAGUAGUGGACCUGAUUGAUGCCAUCCAACCUGGAAGCAUCAGCUACGACCUGGUCAAGACUGGUAGUCUCUCAGCUGAGGACAAGCUGGAGAACGCCAAAUAUGCCGUCUCCAUGGCGAGGAAGAUCGGCGCACGUGUCUACGCUCUCCCAGACGACCUGGUGGAGGUCAAGCCCAAGAUGGUGAUGACCGUGUUCGCCUGCUUGAUGGGCCGGGGGAUGAAGAGGGCUUAACGGACUGGUUGUGCCACUUUGGCAUUCCCACACAACUACCCACAAGCCUUUUGCUUUAUUAAGGGCCACCCGGGAAUGAAGAAAGACAUGUGGAAGAAAAUUGUUACCAAUAGACAUUUAGUUUUUUUUUUUUUUCAAUCGGUUCUGUGCUUUUUUCACGUGUGUGUGGUGCAUUUUCACAACUUUUUGUACAAAACUGUACAAAACUCUAAACACAGCAUCAUGAUAUCUUCUCAACUUUAGUUAUUUUAACAACCAGUUAAUCCAUUACACUAGGUGUACUGUAAUCAAAUCAAAUAAAUUAAAUUAAUGUAAGAAACAUAAUGUUUUGCAGGCACGAGUUUGCAUCAAACCAGUUUUAAACCGUUGACCAUAGGUUCUCAUCAACACAGUAAAUGUCCUCAUUGUUCAUGCACCUGGGGGAGAAACCUGUUGACAUGGUGAAUCCAAGCCUGACAUAGAUCUGGAUUGAUGUCAUUGCAUGCUUCAUUCAUGGCCUGAAGGAGGGUGGCACACUCAUGGGGAUGGCAAUCAUACACCUUCCACCUGUAUUCUAAUAUUGUAUUGUGCUUAUGUGUUCUAUUGGCCCUAUGUGGAUCAGUAAGAGCAUGGCACUAGCAACACCGCAGAGUUUUUGGUUCAAUUCCUACUGGGGUCACAGGAAAAUGUGUUGACUCACUGUUACCACUUUGGAUAAAAGUGCCUGCUCUACAUAAAUAGCAUAUUAUGAAUUAGUAUUGUAUUGACCAAUGCAAUUAGAGUAAAGCAGUGUAACCCCCCCCCCAAAUCAAAAAGACCCCUGUAAUUUUGGGUACAUGUUCAGGGCAGUGGUGAGCAACAUACGGCCUGUGGGAAAUAAAGGACCCUUUUCUGGCCGGCAAAUAGCUUUCGACAAAAAAAUAGUUCCCGGGGGAAAAUCUGUGGCAUUCCGCUGAAUUAAAGAAAAUCUCAAUAUGGCCCCCGGGACAAUCAUUUAGGGGAUUCAAUUGUUACAAACAGUACAUAUCUGGUCUGGUAUAUCUGUUUUUUACGUACUGUGAAGUAAAAUAAAGGGUCACCAUCAUAAUAUAUUUAAGCAAUAAGGCAUGAACAGGUGUGGUAUAUGGCCAGUAUACCACAGCUAAGGGCUGUUCUUAUGCACAACCCAUCGCGGAGUGCCUGGACACAGCCCCGAGCCUUGUUGCCAUUAUAAACUGGUUACCAACGUAUUUUAGAGCAGUAACAAUAAAUGUUUUUUCAUACUUGUGGUAUGCGGUCUGAUACCACGGCUGUCAGCCAAUCAACAUUCAGGACUCGAACCACCCAGUUUAUAAUACAUUAUAUAUCAUACUUUAUGUUCAUACUUUACAAACAUUUUCAUGGUGUAGUUCUCAAUCUGUAGUAGACAAACCAGUUUAACAUCUACAGGCAGAUUUACCAAAUGGUUAAGUGAUUAUCAAUUGAGACCAUUCGGAUUAGGUAAGAGUAAAAAAUACAAUCAUAUCAAAAGUAACGUGAGCAUUGUAUUGUGAAAAGAAUUCACUUUAUUUGAACGUAUUGCAAUGUAAGACUUAUUUAUUUCUAGAUGAAACACUGACUUAAGUUUUAUGAAAAGGUGAAUGUGUGUUGUACUUAGUCAAUUGAAUUUGUGCAUAGUUUAGAAACUGCCUUUUUGAUCAUCUGUUUUGUACUAAGCGUUGUGAAAAUGUAUCACAUACUUGUGAAAAUUGCACCAAAGUGAUUGAAAAAAAACUAACACUGCAAUCAAAAACCUAAAAUUUCAACCUUGUUUUGAACGGAGGUAUGUAUACUACAAAAUAUUGUGCAGUCUUAUUUGCGGUAAGCCCAUAACAUAAAGUUACUGAAGAACACUAUGCCUCAUGUUACAGAGGACAACUUCCUAUGUUACUUUUCGAUAUGCAACACUAUCUCAAUUCAUGUUUCAGAAUGCUGUAUGGUAUAAGUAUGUAUGUAUUUUUCCAGUUAACAGGUUGUGUUUCUGAGUAGUUCUACUCUGGUUGAUUAUGUUACAAUUAUAUCCUUGAUGUGUACACUAUAUAAUACAUAAUCAUAUCAUCCCUUACACAGUGGAUAACAAUAUUUAACUUGGACAAACUGAAAUGGUGGCGGUUUAGGUGUUGCACCUGAACUUUCUCCUCUCCCUUAUUGAAAUGCAUGCAUAUCUUAAUAGCUAGUCUUGUCAACAGCUGCAUAUCUACGGAAGCCAUAAGGUCAAACCUUAGUAAUGACCAAACCUGAAGGGUAUUCUCUGUAUUCCUGUAUUUACUUUAUUUUUGGGGGAUUAUGUUAGAUAGCUAGUAAACUGAGAGCAGCUGGGUGUCUGUCUGGCUUUUUUCUAUUGUGCUAUUUGUAUGUCUUAUUACUCUGGAAGAAACCAAGGGAGCUCACUUGACAGUUCGGUUUCCCUGGUUGUGCAGUAUCUUUUAAUGCCAACUUCUGAUGCGCAUUUGUUUCCUCUUUUCUUUUGUAUUCAACAUUACCAAAAAAAUAGCCUAAACUAUUUCUGCCUUGCAGAUAGCUUCAUUAUAUUCCAUAGUUACCGUACCAUUGCAUUUUGGUCUCAUGUGUAUAUGUUUACUCUGAAGUGCUUUAUACAAAUAAUAAAUAAGAAAAUGAACAAUG